AUGUCUACCGCGACGCGUCUGACAUUCGCGCUCGUCUCAACGAUAGUGCUUGUAGGGACAAUCUACUCAGUCGCAUACGGCACAUACCUUGACACUUCCAAUCCUCUCCUCACCCACCUGCCCCAUCCGCUCAGCCAAACCCACCGCUUCGCGAGCAAGGGCAACCCAUUGAAUGUAUACUUCAUAAAGAAGGCUUGGGGAUGGACUUCAGCUGCAUUUAUACUUGCUUGGAUCACGGGGACCCCUUCGACACGUAGCCUUCGUCGCCUGAGUCGUUGGUUGACGGCCACGGGGACAUGGCUGCUUUUCACUGCUUGGUUUUUCGGGCCCGGACUACUCGAACGCGUUAUUCUUGUCUCUGGUGGAGAAUGCGUGGUUCCCCUUCCAGACGGCCAACCUCUGGUGUUGCCAGCAGAAUACUGCCACACCCGCACAACCAUCUCCCCAGAAACACAUGCGUCAUUCUUCACGUCCCAGUCGCUCACGUUGCCCACUGACUGGCGCGCAACUCCCCGCUUACGCAAAGGUCACGACGUCUCCGGACAUAUAUUCCUUCUCACACUCUCCGUACUGCUCCUCGCUCAGCAAAUCAGUCCGUCAUUUUCCCUCACAAGAUGGUCUACACCCCACACGAUUGCCGUCUACACCAAUAUCGGGCUGAUACUGACUUGGUUAUUUGCAUGUGGGACCACGAGUGUGUAUUUCCACUCGCCUGGAGAGAAAAUCAGUGGGUAUUUGUUGGGUCUCGCUUGUUUUGCAUUAGCUCAGAUCCCGGGCAAUAUUAUAACAGGGCAAGGCCGGUGA